AUGGAGCAACAACAACAAUCAAACCCCCUCCUCAACUCCCCACCAGAACUCACACCAACAGAACAAGAUGUUCUUGACGAAUACGAGCGUUUGGCAGAAAACAUGAAGAAGCUUGCCUCAGUACUAGAUACGCUGGCCUCCCAGCCCUCCGUCGCAAUUCUCGAUGGACUAAGGGAGCUGGAGCGCAAGACCAGUUUGGUGUUUACCCUUAUGAAGGCGAGCGUUUAUAGUAUUGUAUUGCAGCAGGAGAUUGAUUGGGGUGGCCCUGCUGCUGGGGAGAAUGGUGGUGGUGGUGGUGGCGACGGACCUGGAGGGGCGGGGAGUGGUGUUGGGGAGCAAUCGUGA